AACUUCCCUGUAACGAAUAUAGAUACUCCCCUCCCCUUCCCUCUUUCCGUCACUCCGCGCGUCCUCUCUGUUUCUACGAUCGGGCACCGUUAAGCAAUAGAAUACAGUUCUGCUAUUCAUACGUGAGGUUAUUUGGCCACGGAGUUUGACAAUCUCGCAGUUUCUUCUUUGGACCAUGUGACACGUCAUUGGCGAUAGGGGGGUCUCCGGAAUCACAGAACUUCAAAGUCUUUACUGAUAUCUAAACAACUCGAGGGCUUACCCGCUUCUCUCGGGAAGAACCGGGUUAGAAAAGCGCAUUGGAGGCGAACAGGGGACAGAGCGAGAGAGCAUGAUGUCCGCGGCCGUGGACUAAUUGAGAAAACGUGGAAUAAGAUAUCUGGCCAACGUGCAAGUAGGGUUACCGGUGCUAUCAUAAAUGCUGACCGAACAACUUUGAACUGCUUGUUCACAAUGUCCAUUAUAUUUUUUGGGUAUAGUUGCGGCCAGAGAUAUGGCUUGAACAUUAUUUGAUAGCAGCUGUAAUUAAAAGUUGCUGCGUCUUUUAUGAAUGAGUAAGAUGUUGGCUACUUUUUAAAAUGGCAUUUCCAGUUACAGUGUAGCCUAUACAAAUACUUCGUACAAUCGUGUAUUCUGUUAUCACUGAUAGAACGUAACAGCAACGUAGAAAGAACGUUAUGUAUUUCACUGGUAGCUUACUGUACUACUUUAUGUAGCCGUAGACGCGUGCUGGUAUGCCACACAUGUAUGUGCGUGGUGCUUAUAUAUAAUUCAAGUAAAGGUAGAUUAUUAUAAUAAAACUAUGCUGUCUAUAAUUAUUUGUAAGGUAAACUAUUAUUAUCGGUUGCAACUCAGGACGAAAUCGUAUAGUCCACAUUUCUCGUCGGAUCAAAUACAUUGACAAGCACGGCUUUCCAUGAAUCGAAUGAAGAACAAUAUAAAUGGUAAAUAUUACAUGAAAAUUAAAGACUGAAUAAUUUUCACGUACUUACAUAACUUAUUCACACUGAUAAUGUUAGGAAGCCCAUCGAAUAACGGCGGUAUUAGAAUGUUGACUCCCCCAGCUCCACACGACGACAGACGGGUAGAGUUUGUCGCUCUCACUGCUGUUCACACGGAGAGAAGCGAGCCGUCUACCCCGGAGCGUGGGCACCCUUCUCACCGCACCGGACUUCUCGGUACUCCUAUACCCGUGCCACCUGGACCCCGGGCGUCUGCCUCAGCCUCAAGCAAGCGCUACAGAAAGUUGCAGAACUGCCUGUACAAUGUUCUGGAGAGGCCGAGAGGAUGGGCUUUUAUCUACCAUGCAUUCAUUUUCCUGCUGGUGUUCAGCUGUCUGGUGCUGUCUGUCUUCUCCACCAUCCCUGAUCAUCAUAAAUUUGCCAACGAGGCGCUCUUCAUCCUGGAGUUUGUGAUGAUCGUGGUGUUUGGACUGGAGUACUUCAUAAGGGUUUGGGCAGCAGGAUGCUGCUGCCGGUACAGGGGAUGGCAGGGUCGUCUGCGAUUCGCCAGGAAGCCCUUCUGCGUCAUAGACUUCAUCGUGUUUGUGGCGUCGGUGGCGGUGAUCGCGGCCGGCACGCAGGGGAACAUCUUCGCCACGUCUGCCCUGCGCAGCAUGCGCUUCCUGCAGAUCCUGCGCAUGGUGCGCAUGGACCGGCGGCCAGGGGAACCCCACCUGCGCACAGGCUGCCUGGGGCUCUCGCUGGUGUACGCCCACGGGGCCAAGGAGCUCAUCACUGCCUGGUACAUCGGCUUCCUGGUCCUCAUCUUCGCCUCGUUUUUGGUUUACCUGGCAGAGAAGGACAUCAACACGGAGUUCACCACCUAUGCUGACUCCCUCUGGUGGGGAACUAUAACUCUCACCACAAUCGGUUACGGGGACAAGACUCCGCGUACCUGGCUGGGGCGGCUACUGGCAGCGGGGUUCGCUCUGCUAGGCGUGUCCUUCUUCGCCCUCCCUGCAGGAAUCCUGGGUUCUGGCUUUGCCCUGAAAGUACAGGAGCAGCACAGGCAGAAGCACUUUGAGAAGAGAAGGACUCCAGCAGCCAACCUCAUCCAGGCUGCUUGGCGUCUCUACUCCACCGAUGUUAAGCGCUCCUAUCUCACAGCUACCUGGUACUUCUACGACAGCAUGUUACCAUCAUUCAGAGAACUGACACUACUGUUCAGUCACCUGCAGCGACAGCGUAGUGCCAAGAAGGUUCUUCACAACUCCUACCAAACUCUCCUGUCCGGGCUCAAGCCCUACAGCUCCCCCUACCUGUCGGGGGACAGUGGGAAGAUGGGGUUUCGGGAUCGAAUCCGGAUGAACAACUCGCGUUCAUCCCAGGGGAUACGCGGUAAGGCAUCCCCACUGCCCCCGGGGGGGGUCCGUCGUACCCCAAGUUCAGAGAACGUUCCGGAGGCCACCAGUCCAGGAAAGGUCCAGAAGAGCUGGAGCUUCAACGACCGCACCCGUUUCCGAACCUCCCUGAGGCUGAAACCCCGCCCCGCUGCCGAAGUGGAGGGCACAGGGGAGGAGAGCACGGAGGACAAGGCAUACUGUGACGUGGCCAUGGAUGAGGUGAUUCCCGCAGUGAAGACUCUGAUUCGGGCUGUCAGGAUUCUCAAGUUCCUGGUGGCCAAGCGCAAGUUUAAGGAGACGCUGCGUCCGUAUGAUGUGAAGGAUGUGAUCGAGCAGUACUCCGCUGGACACCUGGACAUGCUGGGCAGGAUCAAGAGCUUGCAGACCAGGGUCGACCAGAUUGUGGGCCGAGGAUCAAUUCAGUCUGACAAGAAGGUGCGUGAGAAGGGCGAGAAGACGCCUCCCGAGAUGGAUCCUAUGGACGAGCUAAGCAUGAUGGGACGUGUAGUGAAAGUGGAGAAGCAGGUGCAGUCCAUCGAGAACAAGCUGGACCUGCUGCUGAACUUCUACACGCAGUGCGUGAAGAAGGGCUCGUCCAACUUCACCCUGUCGUCCCUGCUGGAGCCCGACCUCACCUCCGAUUACCACAGCCCCACCGACCACCGCGAGCUCUUCCCCUCCGCCAACACGCUCACCAUCUCCCGCUCCGAGAGCGGCGGCACCAUGGACUGAGCGGAGCCCCCCCCCCCCCGGAGCGGCAGCCAGGGUGGGCCUCGCUCAUCCAAACCCAGCCAGGACUGAGCAGGAGGCACAAGCACAAUGUUCCCCCAACAACCCCACUUCACACUGCUAUUCUAUCACCCCAACCCUUUACUCAUCCACUCCACCCUUACCUCAACCCCCCAGCCCUCUUUUUAACACUCACUUCACCAUCUAUCUCUCUCAGAAAAAUGCUUCACCUCUUUUCAUGCCCUAUCCCCUUCCCCUUCUCCAAACCGUCUUUUCGUUUCUCUCUAUUCUUGACUCCUAACCCUCAACACCUUGAACUGUCUCCUUCCUCUCUUCAUUGCUCCCUUCUCCCCUCACCCUUGCACCAGCAAGGCUUGCCGGGAGAAACACAGCCCUGCUCCAGUUUUGAGGCUGUAAUUAAGACUUUUUUCCACCAGGGGGCAAUGCCUGAGCAGAGACACUGUAAAGUCCGCUCACUGAAUCUUCCUCUCUAGAUCUAAAUCUCUGACUGGAGGGGGAUAAACGCUACCUGACUACUGAUAUGCAAGCACUGUUUUACACACCUCUCCUCAUCAGUUUUUCUUUUUUCUUACUUCCAGCAUCUGUGGACACACACACAGACACACACUGUACAAUGUCAACUGUCUUUUGAUGAUUUUAUUUGUUUUUGAUUAUUUGUUUCAGAUUUCAUUUAUUAGAGUUCCUACAUGUUUAUGUUUGCAAUCAAUAGACUGCCUAAAAUUUUUUAAACUAUUUUUUGGAGUCGUGAGUAGUGGGGUUGGACAUAUUUUUUUUCCAUUUUGGCCAAAAUCGAUUUCCACGAUUGAAAUCAGCACUUUUCUGCCGAAACACAGCGAUCAGACCAUGGGCAGCCAUUGAGCCUCAGAAGAAUGUAAUCACUGCGCCUAAGCAGCCGAAGACAUCGGCCAAAAGGAGGCAAACACCUUCUCUUACCGUCCCCUCCUGAACCUUUGUGCAUGGCCCCGGCGCACCCGCUAAACCGGUCCUGAGGGAAACGAUCCAUACUGACAGAACCUCAGUUCCCACGCUGGGAGAGGAGGAAUCAUCACCUUGUGGAGCUGAUGGAGUUGCAAUUUCCUGCCACUCAGGUCUACGUUUCAGCAUUAAGAAGCCCACUGUGCAAAAAAGAGAGAAAAAAAACCUUGCAAUACUCCUUUAAUAUAAACUGGUGACAUGCAUGAUUGUGAAAGGGUGGGUUAUAGAGGUCUACACGACAGAGUAUUGAUAUUUUCCAAGACCAGAGUGCAAUUAAUGGAGAGGUUUUGUCACCUGAGUGUUUGGAUGCAUGCGUUUCCAGGCUGCAGACAUUAGGCACGACUUGCAUGCACGUCCUCUGUAACCAACUUUUGAGGUUCUACCGAAUCCGGGUCAGGAAAGCCGGGCAUCGGACACACUUUUCAGUCUUUUGCCUUCAUCAUUUCUCUUCAUCCUCUCUUCCAUACUGCGGAGGUUCAGUACAAAUUUGUAUAACCAUAGUAUUUAGAUCCCCAGACAUUCUGGGCUCAGUGAAAAGGUGCACUGUUCAGGUGAUUCAAGGAUCAGGGAAUGUGCACGUGUUGAUUCAAAAAAAGAGAGAUAUCUUCUUUGCACCUUUCUGUUUUCACUUUGAUUUACCUUGUCAUUGCUGUUUUCAUGGCCAGGUUUAAGAUGGGAAUGUCUUUAAGAUCAUUACAGGUUACUGUGAUGAUGGGUAUAGUAAUAGUAAUGUGCCUAAGCUACAUGACACUAAGCCUGCCUAGUUUUGAUUUCACUUUGUUUCACUUUUUCAGUUAAUUUGCAGGGCACCUCUGGAAUGUUUUUCUAAAUGCAAACAUUUCAUUUUCUUUUCAGAUAGACUUUAAGCCUUUUGCUUGGGAAAACUAUAUAUGCCUAGCUUGUCUCUAGUAGGCAAGAAAGAAGUUGACUGAAUGUCUGGAAUUUAUCUCGACAAACUUGAACUCCCAUUUCCGUAUGUGUGUGUGUACAGUAUGUAUGUAUAUGCGUGUGUAUGUAUGUAUGUAUGUCUGCAUCCUAAGGAACAUUUACUUCUGAACAAGAAAUACUGUCUGCAUUCAUAUCGAUAGCAUUGCUCGGUAUGUAUCAAAGACCACAGUACACUGCGUAGCCUAGAGAACUAUUCCACAUCAACUAUAUUUUCCGCAUAAACCAUAUGUUUUAGCAUUUAGCGUUGAGUUUAGCAAAGGUUCUCUCUUGUAGUGGCAUUUAAUCACAGAAAUGGACAGAACUGGAAUACACAGGUCCAACAGUCUAUGCUUAACACACAAACACCACAGCACUUUAAUCAAUAAUUUAUGGAAGAAAAUACUUGUUCUAGAAUGUUGCUCUUUUUAAUUCUGUUUUCUUUUGGGCUGUCUCUUUCUCAGAUUAUCAUAUACUUGGGUACUCUAGAAAAGCCUCAAUAUUUUUCCACUGUUUUAUUUUUUUAAAUAAAUCCAGAUAUUGAAAGCCAUUGUAAUACUUAACUGAUGUUAAACAUGAAAUGUCCCUUUAUCUCUGAAUUGAUAUUCAGAAAAGUUCAAUAAAUCUAGUGCUUAUGAGUGACAAUAACUUGCAACAGGAAAAUGGCAAAAUCAUUCCUUCACCUUAGUGACUGGUAAGGAUCAGCCAAUCAUUGAUAGUUUUGAUUCCUACAAAAAAUUAAGGCAGGACUAGAUUUUGCGCCACAAGUUUAGUGAAUAAGCAAUUGAAUCCUGCCUUGAUAUUAUUUUUGUAAAAGGUACUGUUAACACUCAGGAAUAGAUUAACAGAUUAGAAUAACUGUUUGACUUUGGUAUAUAAUUACAUGCUAUAUUGAAUUCAUUUUGAAGAAAUCAGUCACUAAGCAAACAUAAAGAACUAGCGUUGUCUUGUUCCAACCAUACAUUUGCUGUCGAAUUAAUGCAGCCAUUAUGGCAAACCAUAAAGAGCACAGAGAAUGAGGCAUUUGGAAUGAAGCAAACUGAGAUGACAGAUCAAGGAAUCCAGCUGACAAACUGAGUGACAAUGACAACAAUUAGGUAUCUAUGAGAACUAAAUGUCUGAAGCAAUUUUCUGUCAGCUAUGUUUUUUUAACAUCUAUUGCUGCCCGUUCUCUCUGCCAGUACAUACAAGCACACCCCCUCCCCCGCUCCCCAUCCCACACCCCAGAGAAUUGGGAGAUUUUAAUUUGGUACAAUCCAGCCAACAGUUUAGUUGACCCAGGUGGUUAAAUGCUCAGACUGAGGAAACCUUUCCCCUAUGGGGUUACAUAUGACAGGAUGGGGGUCAUGAUUGUAAUCACAAGGGGCCUGGCUGGGGUAUCAUACAGCACCAGUGUUUUAUGUGCUAAGUGGUAGUUGAUCAUCUUCCUGGUGUCUGUGUAUUUUUAUAAAAUCUGUGGGAAAUGUGUCAGGUGGGGUUUUUAGUUCUAUUGACCACGCGUAAUUAUCUACACCCUCGACCAAUGGAGAUGAAAUGGUUGAAACACAUGACUGAGCACUGCGUUUGACUGCAUGCGUGUGGGAGCCUGGUUGGGGGGGAGGAGGGGGGAGGGGGAGUUGGGGGUGUUGGGGGGCUUUCUCUUUCUUGCUUUUGCAAGCCCCAAGACCUCGAUUAAGACCUCACUUUGCUCCCCUCCCCCUUAUUUGAUUUUCCAGUGAGAAUUUUUUGAUUGGACACUGCAUGCCAGUUAGAGCUCCAUAGUGACUCAGAAUGCAGUACAGUGGACAUGAUAACCUCAUAUCAGCAUGAUUAUUUGAGAUUAAGUGAUCAAGGAGAGCAGCAAUUUUGCACUGUAGUGUAUGUUAGUGAAAUGGCAUUUUUCAAUUUCCAAGCAAACUGUUUGCUUCCAGACCUCCUCAUGACACAGCUGUCAAGAGAAGGCCAAUUUUGAAGUCAAAAUAAGUGAAUGGAUGUGACAGUAAUUCAGCGGAUGCCAAUUAGAAAUUAGCAAAAAUGACUACAGAUUUGGUUAUGUUGGCAGAAUUUAAUUGAUGUGAAAUCUAAUGAUUCCUCAAAAAUUCAUCAUUCUUUUUAUUAGGAUAUUUAUGUAGAAUAACCAAACACCUUUCAAAAGUAAAUACUUCUCAGAAACAGGGCUCCUCAGUGCCAAAUCAAAUUUACAGUAAAUUUAUGAGGGUCAAACUUUGGACAUAUACUUCCAUUACCACAGUAUGCCACAGCAUAAUUGAAUUUAAUGCAAAAAGAAACCCAUCUGUACACAUUACAUGCAUGCACUAGUCUGCAUGCAUUGAAAAAAACUGAGGGGUAAGAUGUUAGCCACACAUCUCGUGGUAUUGAACAUGCAUACUGCUUAUCCAUGGCAUGCUAUCCAGUCCUACAGACCACUACACGCUUACGCACAAAAAUUUACUUUUAUUGCCAAACGCAAGCAUUAUUUUAUAAACUUUUAAUAGCAGUGAUCAAAGCUACUACAUGAAUGCCAUGCAUGAUCGAAUUCUUCUGCAUGCUUCCUGUCUUUAAAAAAAAAAAAAAAUAGACAAAAAAAAGCAUUACAUCCCAUCUUGCUCUCAUUCCAAUCACAAACUUUCCCUGUUUGCACUCCUCAUAUAUAUGCAGCAAUUGUUGUAAUAUUAUAAAAUGACUGUAUCAAGCAAUAAAAUGCUAACAGACUAAUUAAAAAGCUCUCAGUAAAAUUUGAAUAGAUAUUAUUACUGAUUUUCCUCUUGUGUACAGCUGAUUGCGUUAACAAAGAGAAACAUGCUUAUUGAUUGAAUAUAGUACCUCACUUGAUUAACUUGUUAAUUUAUUUGUUUCAAUAAAACAUUUUUCUGAAGAUUGAA